CGGCUCGGGGUGACUCGGCUCGGGGUGACCCGGCUCGGGGUGACUCGGCUCGGGGUGACCCGGCUCGGGGUGACCCCGCUCGGGGUGACUCGGCGAUGGCGGUGCCGGCGGCGGCGGAGGCGGUGCCGGGCCGGCAGCGGGCCCUGGCCGCCGGCUCGCCCGUGGACUACAUGAGCAUCACCAGCUUCCCGAGGCUGCCCGAGGAGGAGCCGAGCGGCGCGGCCGAGAGCGGCCUCCGCGCCCGCAAGGAGGAGGACGCGUUCCUGGGCGAGCAGGACACGGUGGGCCUCAUCUGCCAGAGGAAGCAAGGAAUUAAAGCAGAGUCCUUCCUGCAGCGGAGCGAGUGGAUGUUCCAAGGCCUCUGGUUUGCAGACCCAGAGUCCUUCCUGAAGUCUGCACGUCUCCAGCGCCUGCCCUCGUCCUCCUCAGAGAUGGGAAGCCAGGACGUGUCCCCCCUGCAGGAGACCAGCAAGGAUCCCUUCUCAGGAGACUGCAGCUGCCGGCAGGAUGGGCUGACCGUCAUCAUCACCGCCUGCCUGACCUUCGCCACAGGGGUCACUGUGGCCCUCAUCAUGCAGAUCUAUUUUGGGGACCCUCAGCUGUUCCACCGCGGGGCUGUGGUGACGGACGCCGCGCGCUGCACCGCGCUGGGCACUGACGUGCUGGCCAGGCACGGCUCCUCGGUGGACGCAGCCAUCGCCUCGGCCCUCUGCGCCGGCAUCGUCAACCCCCACAGCUCGGGGCUCGGAGGGGGCGGGGUGAUGCUGGUCCACGACAUCCGCAAGAACAGGAGCUGGGUCAUCGACUUCCGUGAGGUGGCUCCCCUGGGCAUCCCACUGGAAGGGGACCUGCAGCAGGACACCAAGCCAGGUCUGCUCGUGGGGGUGCCAGGCAUGAUCCAAGGAAUGCACCAGGCACACCAGUUACAUGGCAGACUCCCGUGGUCUGAGCUGCUGGGCCUCACGGCCGGCGUCGCCCAGAACGGCUUUAAUGUCACACAUGAGCUGGCCAAAGCCCUGAGUGAAGUGAAGGACCUGAACUACUCUGAGCGAUUCCACGAGAUCUUCCUGCCGGAUGGGCAGCCCCUGCUGCCUGGAAUGUUCGUCCGGCGCCUGGACCUUGCGGCCGUGCUGCAGCUGCUGGGGGAAGAAGGGGUGUCAGCCUUCUACAGAGGAAACUUGACCCAAGAGAUGAUCUCUGAGGUUCACAACUAUGGAGGAGUCUUGGUGGAGGAAGAUUUCAGCAAUUACAGUGUCACUGUGGAGGACCCCGUGCACACAAUCUAUCGAGGACACCUUGUUUUCACCCCCCCACCUCCACAUGCAGGUCCUGCACUGAUCACAGCACUGAACAUCCUGGAGGGCUUUAACAUCACAAAGCAAGGAUCCAGAGGGAAUAUCUUGCACUGGGUGGCAGAGACACUAAAAAUAGCCCUGAGUCUGGCAAGCAACCUGGGAGACCCAUCUGGUGACGUUUCUGUCACUCACACAGCAGAAGUCAUGGUGAGCAAAUCAGAAGCCAAUUCCCUGCGGCAGCUGAUCAAUGACUCCCAGUCCUUCCCGUCCGACCUCCGCGCGCCUCAGUCCCCGCUGGAGAGCGGGACCGCCACCAGCCAGGUCCUCGUCAUGGGCCCCGAUGACUUCAUCGUCGCUGUGGUGAGUUCUUUGAAUCGUCCCUUUGGCAGUGGAAUAGUAACACCCUCUGGAAUCCUCCUGAACAGCCAGAUGUUGGACUUCUCCUGGCAAAAUAAAACAAUGAACCACUCCAUUCCCAGGCUGCAAAACCUCGUUCAGCCUCGGAAGCGGCCGCGGUCCUUCCUGCUGCCCACCAUCGUGAGGCCCUCCAAGGGGAUGUGUGGCACCUACCUGUGUCUGGGAGCCAACAACGGGGACAGAGCCCUGAGCAGCAUCGUCCAGGUUUUGUUGAAUGUUUUAACAUUUAACAAGAAUCUGAGUGAAAGUCUGUCACUUGGUCGACUUCACCCCGAGCUUCAGUCCAACACCUUGCAGGUUGACAGUGAGUUUCCUGAAGAAGAUAUUGAAUUUCUUGUGGCCAGGGGCCAUCAGGUGGAUAAAGUCCCAGUGGUGUCCCUGGUUCAUGGGGCCAGGAGAACCAACAGUUUCAUCAUUGGCCUGAAGGACCCCAGGAGUGUAGAUGCUGCUGGAGCCACGAUCUUGUAGCAGCUCCCAGGGAACGUGUUCUGUGACCAAGGCUGACACACAACCCCAGUGAUGUGCAUGUUCUGAAGUGGCCCCUUCUCCAGCCCCACACACUGCUGGGAAGAUGCUCUGCCCACCCUGACAGCACCAGAGGAGUUGGCAGCACCAACAUCCAGCUCUCCUUUGAUUUUUCAAUUAUUUGGAUUGCAAGCAGCCCCAUCCUUGUUACAGGAGUAGCAGGAGCACUUUUCCUUUGGCAGUCUUGCUAAUAGUUCAGUCUUUCCAAAGCCCAGUUCUAGCCAGCACCUUACUUUUAGGGAUCAGGAACAUGAGCAAGGGAGAAAACACCUGCUGCUGCUGCUGAUGUUAUUAUUGACAAUUAUUAUCCUCAUCUCCCUGUCUUUCACAAGUUCCUUCUUUGCCUCCAGUGUAAGCCAGUAAUUAAUACAGCCUGAUGUGGUGUUUGUAGGUACCUGCAGCUGGAAUAUUUGGGUUAAUACUCCAUCUGGGCCAGCUGAUUUUUACCAGCAUGCAGCAUCCCAGGGAAGUUCCUUUGCUCACUUCACUACGUACCUUGAAUUUUGGCAGUAAACAUUUUGAAUCCAGUUGCUACACAGACUCGCUGGCAGUCUGAUUUUGUAACCAGACCAAUGAUUUUCAACAGCUCUAACAACUUCCUCUAACAACUUGUGCACCCCCCAGUAGUUUUCUUACAGAGGUUCAACCUCCUCACUGGUGAAUUUCAGAUUUAUAGUAACAGGUUUAACUUUCUUAGACACUUUUUGGAGAUAUCUUAGCAGUACUUCACUGAGUUGUGAAAAACCACAGAUCACUGAAGACCAUGUGGAGACCAUUCAGGUGGGUUCAGAGCUUUCCUUCCACUGCCUUAUCUCAAUCUGUUCUACAAGCCUGGCUCAUUCCUACAGAGAGACUGGGGAAUUUCUGCUGACUGAAUUCAUGGCUGUACCUUAGCUCCAUGUUUUAGUCCUAGUGAAUCUAUUGGAAAGCUGAAGAGAGUGAGAGAAAAAGCAAACCAAGCACUACUGAGAUAAUUUUCUGUCCACAGCAUGUAGUGAAAAUAAAAGAAUGCUCUUGCAUUUCAUGUCUGAAAUUGAGAAGGGAAGAAUGCCCCAGCUGACAUCUGCACUAGGUCAUUCAGCCCACAUUUGGAUGUUUCCUGCUCUUUUUGCUGGCAAGUUAGAGACACUUGGCACUAAAAGAAUCUGGAGUUUGAUCAUUUUCUGGGGUCUAAAAUGUGAUGUUUUCCUUCAUGGUGCAAAUGCACCCAUGGCCACUGUACAUAUUAUAUAUGUAUGUCUGCUUAUGUCUUGCUCUUUGAUUUGAUGAUCACAGCACUCACCCUGACCCUCCUCCCCAGGCACCCUGUGACACCCUGUUCAUGCCACCUUCUGGCACUUGAUGCCAUGGGCUGAUUUUGAGGUAGUCAGGGCCACAGAGCAGAUAAUUGGACUAAUUGCUCCUGCCACUGGAGAGCUGUGGAUCUCAGAACACCCCAGCGAAGCGUGUUGGGCUGAGUGAGAACAGAGGUGUUACCGUGCUCUGCUGAAGUGCAGCCACCCAUGAGAGGAGCACAGCAGCUCCCACUGACAACACCAUCAGCAGCAUUUCCUGUUCCAAGUGCAUCCAUGCCCUCAGCUGGGACAGGGGAAGCACAGUGUUGUAUCUGCAACGUGUUCUGUGCCACCAAGAAGAGACUUUCUUCACCACAGGGACACCAAAUAUGUUUAUUUAUUUCUCUUUCAUCAGCACUAGAGUUGGUCACUGCCCAAGGAUGGAGAGUUCAUAAAUGUGUCUUGGAGCAGACCUCUCCAGGCUCCAUGGGAAGGGAAGGAGGCAGUUUUGUGUUUCUGGAGAUGAUCUGGGGGUUUCUGGUCUGUCCCAGCCCAGAUCUGUUCCUUAGGCAUGGAGGUUCUCUAAGGACAGCUGCAAAAUAUGUGGUCGAGUCACAGUCAGUGCAGGACUUUGCAUGAAAUAUCACAAAACACUUUGAAAGAUUAAAUUCCUCCUUAUUAACUGAAUUCACCAACUUCUGAUACUGGAUACUGUGUAUAUGUUUGGGAGUAAAAGACGAUGGUCUUGAUUGAAAAGGGCACUCCUACAUCCCAAAGUACAAUUUCACAGUUACUAUCCAGAAUCUUAAAAUAAAGCAUGUUCCAAAGUGUUCUGCUGGAUCAUGGCCUGCAUUGCAAAAAAAGAGAAAAUUGAAGAUAGUUGGAAGAUGAGAUCUGUGCCCCUAGAUUUUGGCUAAGAGAAGUAAAGGUAUUCCAAAUUAUUUCCCAUUUUUUUUCUGUUCAAAAGCAGCAUCAGUAUAUCACAGAUGUACCCAACAUGGACACCUUUAAUCUGCUAAUUGGCCCAGUGUCUCUGGUAUUUUGAGCCCAUCUGUUGUGAUCUGAUGAAUUUUACAUCUAAUGAAUUUAAGAUCUGAUAAAUUUAACAUGAGGUACCAAGAAAUACCUGAUGUUUCCCUCGGUACAGGUGAGAUGGAAAUUGUGAAAUAAAGGGCUGUAUUGCAGAGAUGUGUGUGUGCAGAGUACCUGUGCUGAUUUCAGCCUGGCCCUUGCAGGCAUCUGACAGCUCUGAAGCAGAAUUUGUCCUGAAAUAUUGUCAUGGAAGUGUCAGUGAAGAGCUCAGAACACAAAAUACAAAGGGGCUGAGAAAAACAGUAACGAUUUUUAAAAGAACAAAAUAAGCACAAAGUAAAUAAAUUUUAAAA